CGGAACCUUUGAAAAACAGGAAACGUCAGCCGGACUCUGAAAAUAGCAGCACCGGUUGGACCCAUGUGAGUGAGGGUUGCUGUGAAGACGAAGCGAUGCGGCGGCUGUACGUCGGCGGGUUGAGCCACACGGUGACCCAGAAGGACCUGAAGGAUCGGUUUGGAAAGUUUGGCGAGGUGGAGGACGUGGAGCUGCGGACCAGGAGGGACGAGGAUGGUGUUCCUUAUAAAACCUUCAGCUACAUCAACAUCAACAUUUCUGACGCUGAGCUGAAGAAAUGUUUGACGGUUCUGAACAAAUCCAAAUGGAAAGGAGGAACUCUGCAGAUUGAAGCAGCUAAAGAGAGUUUCCUGCACAGGUUGGCUCAGGAGCGACAGGAGGCAGCCGAGCAGCGUCUCCGUGGAUCUGCAGCUGAAGACCAGAAGCAGAAGCUUCUGGACUCUCUGAGCAAAGCCGGAGUGGAAGACUUCACCAUGAAGGCUGCGGUGCCGGGGUCCGAAGUACCGGGACACAAGGACUGGGUCGUCAGUAAAUUCGGCCGGGUUCUUCCUGUCCUGCAGCUCAGGUGUCAGAAAGGCCCCAAAGCUCGAACCUCCAAGUACGACCCGUCCAAAUACUGUCACAACAUCCGCAGGCUGGACCGCAACGCUGCCGACGAGUCCACACCUGUGACCCAGCUCACCUGGGAGGUGCAGGGGGGCGAUGAUGACAUCAGUAAGAAGAGGAGGGGAGAGUUCCCCCCGUUUAAACCGCCAAGACCCAAGAAGACUCGAACAGACGCAGUAAACUCUGAUUCAUUCAGACACACAUCUGAGCAGACCCAAAUCCAUCGACUCGCCAACAGAUCAGAACCUCCAGCCAAUCACAGGCCGGCUCGGCGGGAGGGAAGAUGUUGGUCUGACAGCGACUCGGACGAGGAGCUCCGCAGGCUGGUGGCGGCUGAGCAGACGUCCCAUGAUGCACUGCAGCAGGAGGUGCAGGACGAUAGCCUGGAGGUGGUGGGAGUCGACUUCCUGGUCAGAUCAAAACAAAAAGACGAGGAAGACGAGGAAGACUACGACUCUGCCGACACAGAUGAACUGUUCGCAUCCAGAAGAAAACCUGCAGAGAAACUUCCUGCUGGAAGCAUCGAACACGUUUCAACAGACUGUAGAGAGGAGGAGGAGGAGGAGGAGGAGGAGGGAGGACCUUCAUCCUCUCAGCAGAGCGAUGGUGAUGAAGAAGUAGCAUCCUCUUCCUCUGCAGACUCAGAUUACGACGCCAUGUUUUCUAACGCCACCCGUCUGGAGAUCUCCCUGGAGGAUUUACAGACGCUGGCUGAGACCGCAGCUCCCAGAAUCCCCGGCUCCGCCUCCGAACCAGACGCCGACGCCUCCUCGGGCCCCGCGGAGCGAGCGGCGCCCAAGAAGGGAAUCACACCCGAGGAGAUCCUGGCCUCCCUCCUGAAGGAGCACAGCAAGGAGGACGAAGAGCAGCCGAGGAGGAAGAGGAGGGGCAUCACGCUGCCUGCCUUCAUGGGGACCAAGUCACUGAUGGGAGACGGGGAGGAGGAGGAGGGAGGAGGAGGUGCUAAAAAACAGACACCGAAUUCUGAAUCUCAACAGGGGGAGGAGGAGGUGAAGAAGAUGCUGUCUUCUAAAGCUGCAAAAACUCAUCUUCAUAAAGUUCUCCUCAGUCCACAGACUGGAUCUUCCUCUGGCAGUGAUGAUGAGGAGGUGGAGGAAGAAGAGGAGGAGGAGGUGGAGGUGGAGGAAGAAGAGGAGGAGGAAAAAUCCAGUCAGACUGUUCGUAACAACAGAUCCUCAGCAGAGGAUCAGCCUUCAUCCAGCAGUUGCUCUGAGGAAGAGGAGCAGCAGGUCAGUCUGGCUCCUCACAGCGAGGAGGAGGAGGAGCAUCAGGCUCCUCCCCGGGUGGCGUUGGGAGCAGAGGAGGAGGAAGAGCUGCAGAGGAAGGCCAACAUGAGGAGGCUGGCUGCUCUCCAGCAGAGACAGAAGGAAGCUGAAGAACACAGGAAGUUGAUCCGGGGCGCUCUGUCCAACCUGGACGCUCCAGCUCCGAGUGCAGGGAAACACAUCGUCUUCGGCUCUGAUGAUGAUGAUGAUGAGGAGGAGGUUUCAAAAAGGAGUCUGCUCCAGGACGGCCAAUCAGAGAAGGAUGUGGGCGGGGCUACAGCCAAUCAGGAGGUUCGGCUGAAACCUUCGGCUCCUCGGCUGUUUGCCGACAGUGAGGAUGAGGAGGAGGAGGGUGAUGAAGAGGAGGACGGCAGCAGGUUCAACAUCAGGCCUGAGUUUGAAGGUCGUGCAGGACAGAAGCUGAUGGCGCUCCAGUCUCGCUUCGGAACAGACGAGCGGUUCCGGAUGGAUUCCCGUUUCCUGGAAGAUGAAGAAGAGGAGGAGGAGGAGGGUGGAGCAGCAGAGGUGAAGACGAGCCCGGUGGAGGAAGAGGAGGCUCUGGAGGAGGAGAAGAAGAAGAACCUCUCCAUCCUGCACAGCAUCCUCGGAAGCAGCCGACAAACCGGCAGCAAGACGGCGAGCAAAGCUAAAAAAUUCAGAGACGUGUCGUCGCUUCAUUACGACCCGAGCCGAGAGGAACACGCUGCGUUCGAGGUCAAACCUGAAGAAAGCAAGAAGGACAGUAAGUCAGCCAGGAGGAAGAAGAGGGAGGAAGCUCAGAAGCUUCCUGACGUUUCUAAAGAGAUUUAUUACGACGUGUCCGGAGACCUGAAGGCCGUCUUCAGUCAGGCGAAGGACGACGUCACCGAAGAAGAAGAAGAAGAAAAGGCUGAGUGGAAUCAGCUGGAGGAAGAGGAGGGAGGAGGGGAGGAAGAGCAGCUCCUCUCAGCUGAUCGCAGCACAGAGAAACAAGAGUCGACCGGAUUUAAGUUUUCCUUCUUCGGAGACGAGACGGAGACAGGAAGUGGAGAGACGACUGAGUAUAAGGUGGAGAAGAUCCAGGCUCCCAAGGUCUCCUGGCAUCAAGACCCUCGUUUCCUGGACAGCAGCUCGGAGGAGGAGGAGGAGGACAACUCCUUCAAAUCUAGAUUUCUUCUUUUUCCGCCCUGAGGACAGCAGACUGAAAGAAGGUCCUGGUUUGUUCUGCAGGACCGCUGAGCUGCAGGAGCAGAGGGAGGAGUGGCAGGAGAGCAGGAUCACGUUAAAACAGGAGUACAAGAAGAAGCACAGAGACGCCCGGAGGAAGCUGAGGGGCUCCCAGAAGAGCUGAGAAUUCUGGGAAAUGUAGUCUUUGUGUUACACUCAAGUUCUGAUUGACUGCAAACAAUUUCUCUUUUUCUGAAGAGAGAAGUGAAAGUUUAAUCCUCAGUAUCUGAUCUUUGGUCAGAUAAUGUUUUGAGACAUUCUUAGUUUGUUUCUUUUUGUUAAAUUAGAAAAAAAUGUUUAACAUUUAACUGAAGAACAACAAAAAACUAAACUGGUCAAGUGUAAAAAGAAAGUUCUUUAAUACAUAAUAUGUUAAAGAUUCAUACAAAUGUUUAAUAAUGUACCUUUUUACACUUCUUCAUUUAAUAAAUAAUUCAACUCAG